CUAUAAAUGUAUACAAUUUAGGCAAUGUACAAGAUAUUUGACAAUCUGUCCUAGUGCCAAUUUAAGUCACCAACUCACGAUUUGAAUAAGCUCACCUUUGGAUUCCGCUGUUAUACAACACGCCUCGAAGACUGCUUACAUCUCCUGAGCCGAUGCACUAGCAUGAAGCACACUCUCCCUUUGUUUAUCCUCGUUGUAUUGCUGCUCACUCAGAUAUCGGAAGCUGAUAAAAAUCACAAACAUCAAGCGAGCAAGCAACAUGCAGCAAAAAAUAAUGGCAAACAUCACUCCCUUGGAAAACAUCAUGGGAAAUUUACUGAGAAGAAAGAUAGUUCUAGGGACGACGUAAAGCUUGUGGUUAUAAGAGAAUCCAUUGGUGCUAUUGGAUUAAUACUAUGUCUAGCAGGUUCUCGAAUUAUCAAAGUAACACUGUUCACUGGAGGGUUUAUACUGAUGUUUAUGUUCAGUUAUCUGACUCUGCCCUCCAUCGUUGAUAAUGAGACUUGUUGUGGUCCUAACGGUAACUGGAUCGCAAGGUUGGGUGUAUGUGCAGCAAUAGCUAUACUGGGUGGUCUUCUAACCCUGUUUGUUUACUACGCUGGAAUAUUCGCUAUAGGGGGAAUCUUCGGAAUGAUUUGCGCCCUGGUGGCCUUGUCUACUCCGCUAGCAGAAAAAGAAUUCUUCGAUUCAGCGAUGGGGGUCGGCCUGUUCUACGGUGCCUUCAUUAUAGUUGGCGGAUUGCUGGCGCUUCUGUUGAGCACUGUUGCUGUUGCUGCAGCCAGCAGCUUGGGCGGAUCUUAUGCAGUCUUCUGGGCGGUGGACUAUUUCGCUCAGACGAACUUCAGUGGUGGAAUUGAAGUGUUAAUCGUGCAGAUACAAGAUCACAUCCGAGAUGAGUUUGGCAUGGGAACUGCGCACGGGCAUCAUCCUAACUUCUUCAGAAUCUACACUCUAUAUGACAUUGUGAUAUUUUCAUUCUUUGUGAUAUUAGCAAUCAUGGGCUUCACUCUACAAAUCUAUCUGGCUAGCUCAGAUGCCAAGCUCAAAAAGAUCAAAGAAACCGGGUGUAAGGAAAAUCACUGUCGCUGCAAUCACAAGAGUUCUGACUAUUUAUUAGAUUACUUGAAAAGUAUCCACAGCUCUAGGGACUCCCUCGCAUCAAAAGACCCCUACCUAAAGCAUCCCUAAGCUUGCUCAUCAUUGAACUAUUACAUUCCCAAACUGAUUACCGUCGAAAAUGACAUUCGAACCCAGUGUUGGUUGUACACGUCAUGUUUGUGAAGAUAGUUCAUUAUUAUUAGUUAACUGAAUUGUUCAUUCAAUAGAUGAUAAGAUGGUUAUAUAAUUGUAUGAUUAUGUAAUUGUAUGAUUGUGUAAUUGUAUGAUUAUCUUGUAGCCUGCUGACUGAAAUUUGCGACUUUGUAUUUGAAACCGUCUGCUGUACUGUGAUAUUACCGUUUAUUUGUUACUUUGCUGAUUAUUUUACCUCGUUUAUUUGAUCUUGUUUAUUAUUCACCGAAGUAAAAUGGACUUGUUAUAAAAUGUAGAAGGCAACGUUGAAUUUGAUCCUCGAGACCUAUUUUUAUGUAUUUGAUUAAAAUUUAAACAUUUUUCGUAUAUAAUUAAUCAUUUUUAAGCAAUUCACCUCCUCAUGUUUGCUGUGCCUUAAUCACGUUUAUAUUAUAAAAAUAGAGCUUAUUUUGUAAUUAAAUGUUUCGUUCAAGUUUGAGUUGCAAUUACACCCUUGCAAGUAAAAAACUGACACCUGAUGGCAUGCUUUGAGAAAGCACGCGUACAAGCGGUAAAAUGUUUUGAGGAAAACUUUAAUUUAAUUGCCGUUAUAAACCGCCGAUUUUCUUUGAUAUUUUCAUUGUACGGUGAUUGCUGUUAAACUUGCUGACAAUGUCUGUAAACAUAUGGGAUCAGGACUUUGUGUGUGACAACUUGGUACGUGACAACAUAUUUUUACUGAUUACUGAUUAGUCAUAAAGAGUAAACGCAUCAACAAACACCUGUGUUAUUUAAUUGGGAAUCCUUUGCGAGGUUGUGCGAGCAUUAGUGUAGAACCAGCUACCACUAGCUUUAUUGGAAGCAGCGCUUUUAAAGUCAGGAUUCAGCGAAGCUAACAAAUGCUCCUCAGACUAUUGAUAGAGUUAGAAUGUAGUGAGGGGAGGAGGGGGCUACUUUUGUCAAAGUAACCCCGUACCCCCACAGACAUCAAAAGUUUAGAAGAUGAUGUUUUGGUGAUUUUAUUGUCAUUGAGCUUCUCGCUUUUUGCAAUGCUGCGAUCAAAUUGAAUGUUAUCUCAAAUUCGUGAGUCACAUUUUCUAAUUAUUUUACAAUUUGAUCAAUCAUAA